AUGACGGCCAACCCCACCAGCUCACACAUCUUCAGCUGCACUGGUGGCUCACUCUACUUCACCGCUCACCCAACCGACAUCUUCCUCUACCAGAAUCCCAGUCUCUUCCACGAACUCUACGUUUACAAAUGUGUCACCACGGUGGUCUUCACAUCUGGCGAUCGCGGCAUCGUGGGCAACCACUCACGCUCCCUCGAACAGGGCAUGGAAGCCGCUUACUCUUGGAUGAGUGGGGACAAUGAGACCUGGCAGACGAGUACCCUCCGGAUUGGCGAGAGUGACCUGAAGCUUUCCACGCAUUCAGAGGCAUUCAAUAUGCAGAUAGUGUAUCUGAGAUUGCCGGACGGUGGGCCUGCUGGUCGUGGGUAUGAAGUGCACAACCGAGAAUCCCUCAGAAAACUAUACAGAGGCGACAUCGAGACUAUUGCGACUACAGAUGGCAACGCAACGUACACGUUGGAGUCUCUCAAAGACCUUGUCGCCGCUAUCUUACUUGAAAGCAACGCUACCAAUGUUCGUGUACUGGACUAUAAGACUGGCGUACCGGACGAUGAGGACGCAAGGUACGCUGGUAGCUUUGCGCGCAGGUUCGAUUCAAACCUCAACGGAUUGAGUCUCGACUUCAAGAGGAAAGUCGCUGCGUUUUUCAAGUACGCCGAGUACGAUGAGCAUAUGUGUCAGAGCUACGACGAGUGUCUGAAGUACCUCAAAGACGAUGUACAGCACCGACUGUUCCAAGACCACGACGUGCUGUAUGCUGCUGAAGCUCUGGAGCGAGAGUACUACGUUUCAUGA